AUGUCUCACAUUGCCGAAGCUUGCGAGGAGGUGCUACAAGCUGAGAUAAGAGAGGGCCAUGUUGCAGCAAAGCCCUUGCAAGAGAAACAUUCUCGCCUGAAAAGGGAGCAAGAAGAGCUGGACUGCUAUAAGUCAGAUCUGCAACGUGAGCUGAAAGAAAAUCCGGAGCCCGUCGACUACUUUAGGCGGCACGCAGCGAGAAAGCGAAAACAAAGAUUCGGCCAGGGAGAGUCGAUCUUGUUCGCGAAGUUGCGAGAGGACAUUGCGGCAUUGAGAGCGAGAGUAAAAGGAGAGUUCGAUGAUGAAGUGAGGGUCUUUCUGCAGACGAGCGGAGACGACGCCAAUCCGAAGCGGAGACGUUUGGCAGACAUCGACGAUGCGAUUGAGAGGGUUGUCAUUGAGAAAAAUAUGGUCCAAAAAGAGAUCCAAUCUCUAUUUCCCGUACCGAAAGGAGGUUGGGAACUUGCGAACCCCAACAAUACCACCAGAGCAGGAACCAAUGCUUCACUCGAUACUUCAAGACCUCUGCAGUCCGCUGCUCCUCGUCCCCAUUCGUCGAAACGCAACCUGAGUGGUCCAUCAUUCCCACAGUACGCCGGCAUGCGCCGGAACCCUUUCAGAGGAGACUCUGACUCGGAAACUAUCGUUCAGUCCGACGAAAAUCCCUCUCCAAGUCAGAGUGUUCAGCAACCAGUCUUCAAUGAUGCACUCAUCCCCAAGCAAAAGGAUAAGCAGCCAGCAGCGGUAGUUGGUGGAGAGUCUGCCGCAAACUCGGUCCAGCACCUGUCAGACAGGUCUCAGACUCCUUUAGUAGCUGAAAACACGUCGGCAAGCACUACCGCAGAUGAGACUGCUGCUGUAGCCAGCCCUUCCCACUCUUCACUCAGUUCCAGCCCUCCUUUACUACAAUUUGCCAAAGCUGCUCAGUCUCGCAUCGCUCGGGGCGAGGAUCACGACGAUCGUCACGAUUCACUCACAAACCGACCGAUGCAAUCGACACAACCUUCCGAGAACUGGCAACGCGACGGACCUCCUAUGCGGAGUUCUUCCGACCCACAACUGCCAUCGCGCGGUUCCCUCAACUGUGGAUCUCCAGAGGCCCGACAAGCCUUCAGCGUUAGUUACAAUGAAGGCAAAGGCGAAACCGAGUCCGACAGCGACACCUAA